AUGUUCUCUUCCACUUUUCUUCCAAGUAAUAGCGAGAAAACUGCACAGCCUCAAUCAGCAACUUUUCAUAUACAACCACAUUCAAAACAAAAGGUUGCUUAUUUUCAUCAUAAAGAUGUUGGAAACUUUCAUUUUGGAUUGCAACAUCCAAUGAAACCUCAUCGCUUGACUUUAACAAAUGAUUUGGUUAUGAGUUAUGAACUUCACGAAAGAAUGACCGUGUAUUGUCCUCCUAAAGCAACGGAUGAUGAGUUAAUGGAAUUUCAUGAAACAGAUUAUAUAAAGUUCUUAAAGGACGUAACGCCAGAAAAUUCUGAAGAUUUUGUUGAGGAUUUUUCAAAAUUCAACAUAAGUGAGGAUUGUCCAAUAUUUGAAGGGUUGUAUGAUUUUUGUCAGAUAUAUGCAGGUGCUUCUAUAGCCGCAGCACAUCAAUUAGCUUCAGACGCGGCUGAUAUAUGCAUUAAUUGGAGUGGUGGGUUACAUCAUGCAAAAAGAUUUGAAGCUUCGGGAUUUUGUUUCGUGAAUGAUAUAGUUUUGGCAAUACAACAUUUAUUAAGGUUUGUCAAAAAUUUUAAUUCCAACCUACUUUAUAUAAUUGAUCUAUUUGAUCUAAAUAAUCUUGUCAUUGAAAGGUUUUAUCCUCGUGUCUUGUAUAUCGAUAUUGAUAUACAUCAUGGUGAUGGUGUACAAGAAGCAUUUUACGCUACAGAUCGAGUUAUGACGGUUUCAUUUCACAAAUAUGAUAGUGGUAGUUUCUUUCCGGGAACUGGAAAUAUAAACGAGAUUGGUUGUGGGUUAGGCAAAUUUUUUUGUCUUAACGUACCUCUUAAGGAUGGGAUCGAUGAUGAAACCUAUUUUACAUUAUUUAAAGAUGUUAUAUCGGAUGUAAGGGAUCAUUAUCAACCAAGUGUUAUCGUUUUACAAUGCGGAGCAGAUUCACUUGGAAAGGAUAGAUUAGGAGGUUUUAAUAUAAGUAUUAAAGCUCAUGGAGAAUGCGUUCGAUUCGUAAAAAGUUGGCAUAUUCCUUUAUUAGUUCUUGGAGGAGGUGGAUAUAGAAUUCACAAUGUAGCAAGGUGUUGGACUUAUGAAACAGGAAUUUUAGUUGACGCAGAAUUACCACCUGAAUUACCAGAAAGGACCCGUUUUUAUAAUUUCUUUGGUCCCGAUUUUUCAUUACAUCCUCCACUUGUAAGAAAAAUUGAUAAUUUUAAUACAAAGACCGAGUUACAAAAAAUUUCUCAACAAGUUCAUGAAUUAUUAAGAUUCUUGGAUGGUGCUCCAAGUGUUCAAAUGCAAGAACUUCCAGGAGAUUUACAAUGUUUGUUGGAUGAAUCUGAUGAGGAAUUAAGAGAUGCAAGAGAGGAUCAAACUGUUGAUAUUAGAAGUAGAAAACGUUUAAU